AUGUUUCCACAGCCAGAGCGGACCAAGGGGCAGGAGCGGACGGAUACGAUGUGCUUCGGCCGAUCAGCGAAUUUCAAUGCCACAGCGCAAAAGUUUAAUUUGGGAUGCGACAGGAGGACGCUGCAGGGCCAAGAGGCAUCGCGCAUGCCUCAACUGGAUGACUUCAGGUACUGGUAUGGGACGGGACCACGCGCUGUCUUGAACGAUCGGGUGGUUCUAGAUCCCAGUGUUACGAUCGUGGAGCCGGCGCGGAACUUCACUAUCCUCGUCAAGCGCGAGGGAUCGCAUAAUCCAUGGCAUAGUCCCUCUUCGCGAAACGCCCCACCGUCAGAGCGAGAAAUAUGA